AUGGCUCGGAUCCCUCAGACAGUCAAAAUUGGGAUUUCUCUGAAAAUGCUUCCAAACAGCGCUGUGUACUUAAAGUCCGACGGAUCCCGGUUCGAGCAGACCCGGACCAUUAAACUGCUGACCGGAUCCAAAUACAAAAUCGAAGUGGUCGUUAAACCUGGAGCGGUUGAGGCCACGUCAAUGGCUGUGGGUGGAGUGACAUUACCUUUGGAGCAACAGUCUAAAGAUGCACAGUCAGUGGUCUAUAGGGGUCAGUAUGACACAGAGGGUGUGGUACACACCAAGAGUGGGGAGAGGCCGGUUCAGGCCAGCAUACAGUUCACAGAGGCAGGCCUGUUUGAAACUGUGUGGCAGGUUAAGUACUAUAACUACAACAAGCGGGACCACUGCCAGUGGGGCAACAGCUUCUCCAGCAUUGAGUACGAGUGCAAACCCAACGACACACACAUGCUGAUGUGGGUCAACAAGGAGACAUUUGUCUGA